AUGUAUCCCAGUGAAGUUUCGAAUAAUAUGUGUCCAAUUCUGAUGAAACUUCAUUUUGAUAUCACACAAGAAGCUACGGCCGGGACCUUGCAUAUUAUGAUGGCUACUGUGUACCUACCUACAGAGGACCCCACACACCAAUUUGUUUAUCCGACGCUGCACAACGCGGCCAACUCCUCGAUAAUCGAUCUUUUGGCUCGGGUCGGAGUUCUUUCGGCUGUAUGCCUCCUUAAGCUCCUUUUCGGCGACCACCACUUCGUCGUGGUUGUGUUCUGUGCAGACACUUCUUUUCUUUUGGUUGGGGUCCAUGACUUGGGUACCUAUCAAUCUAAUUUCCUCACACCGGAACGCCGGCAUACCAAAAUGCCAAGUAACGAUGUUAUUGAUUAG